AUACCGACUACUUUAUAGCACAUGUCGCACGUUAAAUUACAUCAAGAUGCAUUAGCCAAUCGUCCCUACUUGACAAUGCCGUAUUUGUUUCAUUUAUAUAAAAGCAACGAAGGAAGAAUUCCUCUCAGUUGGAAGUACUUACUUAAACGACAAAAAUGAUCAAACUGAUUUUUCUAAGUUUGUUGGUAUCAUCAAUACAAGCACAUCCAGGAUAUGAUUUCCAUGGAUUGGGUGCAAUAGCGGCGGUUCCUCCUAUAAUUUCAGCACCUGUGAUUGCUCCAGCUCCAAUUUUGGCCUCAGCACCAAUUAUUAAAACUAUUGCACCAGCUCCUAUUAUUAAAACUAUAGCUCCUGCAGCUACUAGUUACGCUACAAUUACGAAGGUCCACAUCGGUCAUCCUGCACCAAUUGUAAAGACUAUCCUUGCGCCACAACCAAUACUGAAGAGUUAUUAUUCUGCUCCUUUGACACUUGGCCAUGCUUAUCAUUGAAAUAAUCCAACUUGUUUUUUUUUGUGUAUAUAAUUUGUUGUAUGUGACUGUAGUAUGUAGAUAAUUUUGGCAAUAAAUGUUUGCAUAGACAGAA